AUGGCGGCAGUGCCGGGGUACGCCGGGACGAAGACCUCUGCGCGCGGGCUGUACAGCGGCGGUGGCCACGCCAGCGGCAGGGAGCACCGGCCGUCGUUCCAGAGCUCCGUCUUCUCCAUCGAGGAGAUCCUCACCGCCACCAACAACUUCUCGCUGGCGCUCAAGAUCGGGCAGGGCGGCUUCGGCGCCGUCUACAAGGUGAUUUCUGAGCCGUUUCACAGCGCCGCCCCUUCCCCAGGGUUCCCCUUCCUCCACCCCCAAUCGGCGUCGAGGAUCUUCGGCCUCAUCGGCUCAUCCUGA